AUGCAUAGUCAUGGUCUUUUCCUUCUAGGCAAACAACUUGGCUUUCAGACGAUUUUCGGUAAAGAUUCUAUUGAAGAUGAAACUUUAAUCAAAAUGGACACCAUACCUAAUGGACAUGUUACGCAUACUAAUGAACUAAAUCCAUCAUCGAGUGUUCUUUCUACAUUCUUAUCUAAUUUCACGUUUAUCACUCGUCCGCGUUCAUUAUCACAAUCAAGAACAUGGAAAUCCUACCAAAGAAAGCAACGAAACGGUCUGAUUAAACAUUCAGAAAAGAACACCUUAUAUCAUCAGUUGUCAAUCGAAACGACCAAUGAUGAAAACAACAAUCAAACGAAGACAGACAGCAAUGCUAAUUCAGUUCUUAUCGAUCUUCCACCUCGAACAUCUUCCGAAUCAAGUGAUGAUACUGAUAAAUCCAUUUUCACUCUCGAACAUUUCCUUUGGAUACUUACUGUUACGCUUUGCUAUUUUACAUGGUUUAUUUUUAUUGCUGGAAUAUCAUUUAUCCAUGUGCUUCUCUAUCUGAUCCUUAUAUCACUUUACGUUCUCUCAGAUCGUACACGACGGUUCGCGUUAGCUAUUUUGAUUUAUUUGACUUAUUUACUUUUAUAUGAUGCAUUACACUUAGUACCAAAUUAUACGAUAUCAAAGGUACACAUUCUCGAUGUUUACUUAAUUGAAAAGAAACUUUUCGGUAUUUAUCACGACGGACAUUUAAUGACAUUAAAUGAAUAUUUUCGAUUGAAGCAUAUUCCAUUUUUUGAUGUUCUUUCGGGCAUAUGUUAUCUUAAUUGGAUUCCAAUACCAAUUACAUAUAGUCUCUAUCUUUAUCGAUAUAAGAGUAAACGAGAUUACAUCGAUUUUGCAUUUACAUUUCUCCUAACAAACAUUCUUGGUUUUAUUAUUUAUUACAUCGUUCCAGCUGCACCACCAUGGUAUGUUGCAUUGUAUGGAUUCGAUAUGAAUAUGAAAGCGCCUGGUAGUCCAGCUGGUUUUAUUCAUUUUGAUCAAAUCAUCGGAGUGAAAAUCUUCUCGUCAAUGUAUUCGAAAAAUGCUAAUGUUUUUGCAGCUAUUCCAUCGUUACAUGCAGCGUAUCCAGUAAUAACUGUUCUCUAUGGAUCGCUGAGCAAGAAACUGUGGCUUCAUAUUGGUUUUGUUAUAUUUACAUUGGGUGUUUGGUUCUCAGCCGUCUAUUCUGGACAUCAUUAUGUGAUCGACGUACUUGCUGGCGGUACAUGUGCUCUAACAGCAUUUCUACUAUAUCGUCUUUUAUCUCGUCAGCCGAUGAUCAAUCGAUUACUUGUUGCAUACAAUGUGUCUUUUAUUUACCAGACGAUGGAUAUCGAUUUAAAACAAGUAUUUUCUAUUCUUGACGAAAACGACGAAGGACAAAUACAAUUACGUCGUUUUGUGGACGUUGCUAAUAAUUAUUAUUCCGACGCUGAACAAUUGAAUCGUAUUACAAAAGCACUAGAUCCAAGUAAUACUGGUUUAAUCAAUUUCGAACAAUUUUGCGACGGAAUCGCUCAAAUAAGUUCAUUACAAGGCCUAACGCUCAAAGAAGUCGCAUCUGAUUUAACACGCCGUAGCCGAGAAAAUUCAUUGGUAGAAGAUUCAGACCGUCGAAGUUUGAAAACGAAUAAUGGAUUCGAUUUUUCUUCCCUAUCUUCUUGGCCUAAUCUUCUACAAGAAGAGAAUCAAGACGGUAGUACAACAACUUUCAACGAAUACGACGUCGAAAGUGACGAAGCAUUCCAUCCUCCUAAUCACAAAUCACAUACAUCCAGCACUCGUACACCAAAUAGUACAACGAAUACAAAGAAACCCCAUCACAAUAAUCGGAACAGUAAUCGAAAUAGUCAAUCAUUAUCACCAAGAUUAGAUUCACCCUUUUACGGUGACGACGAAGAAUUCACUGGUGUUGCUGAACCAACCUCUAGUGUCUACUCACCCGAGACAGUUUACCCGCGCGCCCCAUCGCAACGUGUAGCUCAAAAUUUAAAACGAAAUAGUUAUUUGCAACCCGUCACACCUUUAGAACAGCCCGAACAACAAUUACAAGAAACAGUUGACGAAUUACAAAAAACUGUUGAGACUUUAACAGAACAAAAAGAAAAAACAACUGAACGCUUAGCGAAAAUUCAAAGUGAAAAUACCGAUUUAAAGAGCAGAUUAUUAGCACUUGAAGAUCGUUUUCACGAUCUCGAAGGCCAACAUACGCGUACGACACGAAGUGAACAACAAAAAUACGCCGAGUUUAUCACUCAAAAAGAUCGUUCGUUUCUUCAAGAAAAGGAAAUCUUACAAUCAAGAAUCAACGCAAUCGAAGCUGAACUUAAACAGACGAAUCAUAUCAAUGGUCAAAUGAAAAAAGAUGUCAACAUUUUGAAAGACAAACUCGAAGAUGUCGAUGUUCAAUUACAGGAGAGUCAAGUUCGCUGUAAUCAUUUAUCUGAAGAUAAUGAGAAGCUGUUAGAACAACUUCGUCUUCAACGCGAAGAACUCGAAGCAGAAAAGUUAACGAACGCACAACUUGCUGAACAAUUGACAUCACGUAAGACAACUGGCCGUUCUUUAACGGGUACGGAAAGCGUUCUCAAAUCAUCGGAGCUACGUAUUCAAGAGCUUGAUGCCCAAGUUCAAUCAUUGAAAUUGGAAAAUCAAAAAUUGAAAAAUGAAAAUGAAGAAUUACGUGAACGUGCUGUUGCUUCUGGUAUCGAUGAAGGUCGACGGUUGAUGGCAAAUCCAGACAGUCUUUCCUAUGCUGCGGAACUUGAAGUCCUUUCUAAAGACGAGCUCAUGAGUAAACUGAGAGAUCAAUAUUCCAUAAACGAUCGAUUACGAGAAUACAUCGAACGAAUGUUAACUGUUAUCAUCGAAAACAAUCCCCAAUUACUCGAAGUAACAACGAGUAGUGGUGUAUCAAUUGGUUCGAUGAGUAUGUCGUCACUGACAUCGCCAAAUCCUCGACCAGUUCUGCCAGUCGUGACCAGUUCAAAGCCAUCGUUACAACCCACGGAAUCCGUGCAAAGCGAUACAUCCUCUACAACAAUCAAGGAACCGACUGACAACUCAUAA